AUGUAUCGAAUCUUGAACCGAAUCUCAAUCACGGCAAAUGACGAUAUGAUAACGUGACGCCGCUUAGAAGAGAUACCCGACUCCAAGAGAAGAGAGAAUGUCGUUCAUUAAUAGAGAUUACUUUUACGAAAACUAUUACGAUGACAUUCAGCUUCGCGUGUUCGGCAACCAUACCACUGCCUCCACCGCGCACCUCCAAUGGAACUCGCUAGCUCGCCUCGUCCUGACGGUCCUGCUGCGCAUCGGCUUCGUCCUCGUCCAGGUCGGCAGCGUGCCGGUCAACAACGUCAAUCUGAUACUCCUUCAGAACGCGAUCGAUCUGUGUUGCGUCACUGUCAUGUACUUCCUGACGGGUUUCCUCGUCGCCUUCAACGGCGACGUCGUUGGUCUGAUCGGCGCGGGCCACUGGAUCGGCGAUCCCGCGAUCGACAAGAACGAGGCGAUCGUGGGGUGGCAGGCGGUGACGAUCGCGUCGGCGAUUUGCACCACCGCCGUCGCGGGCAGGAUGCACCCGGCGGGAUACCUGCUGGUGGGUAUCCUCUUGUCAGGCCUAAUCCAACCGUUGCUCAUCCACUGGGCGUGGAUGGGGUGGAUGGCGGAGAACGAAUUAGGCGGAAGAACGGUGGCCUUCAAGGACGAAGCUGGCGCGGGGAUAAUUCACAUCGUCGGAGGAUUUGCCGGCCUGAUCGGAUGCCUCGUUCUCGGCAGAAGAAUGUUCAAAUUGAGAGACUUGGAUGACGCGAGUAUCACCCCCGGCUCCGCCGGGACCGUUUUCGGGGGUUUACUGCUGAUCUUCGCCGGGCUUCAAAGUUUAUGCACGAGUACGCACGAGCGCGGCAAGUACCGAAUGCUCGCACGGGACUCAUCGCACGCGUACGUCAACAAUUUGCUGGCCGCGUCCUCGUGCACAUUGAUAAUCGCGGCUCUGCACUUCGUCCUCGGCCGUGAGACCUUCGAUCAUUGGGCGCUAAUGAGAUGCAUUCAGGGAACGAUCGCCGGCGUGGUGACGGUGUCAGCCGCGCCGAACGAUUACUCGCCGCAAAUAGCUAUCGCGCUGGGUUGCCUGGCAGGCAUCGUGUUCCACCUCGUCUCCACGCGGAUAUUCCGCAGCGCCCUGGAGGAUUACUGCAACGUCGUGGCCGUACAUCUCGUUUGCGCGAUUCUCGGGAGUGUCCUCGCCCCCAUCUGCGUCGCGCGUAUCGACGAGGAUAUCGUGACGAUAUUAUUGAGCUUCUCCUGGCAAUUAAUCUGCUUGGCUGCAUUGCUGAUCCUAGUUGGCGUAGCAAUGCUGCUGAUCUUCAGUAUGCUUGAGUGCUGCGGGAUACUCCGCAAUAGAUCGGAAUGUCUGAAUCAUGCGCGGGCCAACGCUGCCGUCGACAGAGGCCCAUCAAGAUCGUUCCUGCAAAGGCUCUUCUCUCCUGGCAAGGGUUGCCUUUACCUGCAACCGGGCUCGACCUCCAGCACGGAAUCCAAGGAACAUUAUCCAAGCGUUAGUUCCAGAUUUCGAAAGUAUCAAGAAGAGAUAGAUAAGCUUGAAGAAGGGAGGCCUACCGUCACGAACAAAUCGGACGCGAAUGUCAAAAUUGAAGAUAACGUCAUGAAGAUUCAAGCGCCGGGAGCGAGAGUAAAGAAAGCGAGACAAGUGCAUACUUUAUCUGGGAGUACCCCGGUGUUGACAGAGGAUCAAGGUGGUACCGGUGAAUCAAUUGACAAGGAUCUUUCGGAAAUUGAAAGGAAAAAAUUUCUUAGAAGGGAGAUAAAAUAUGCUUUGGAUCCUAUCGAAGAAAUAGAUGAGGAGAUUUCGAAAGAAUUUGAAGUCGAUAAAAAUAGCAUUCAGCUCAGUACUGACGAAUGUAAUGCUGGGGACAAAAAUCCAAUCUCGAUGGAAAAUUUUAACGUGUCUGUUGAUCGAAGGAAUUUGAGCGAAUCAAAUUAUCAGCUUCGAAGAACCAUGAAGUUGAUGAAUUUACAUCACGAAUUUAUCAAGGAGGAUUUGAAAGUUGUGUUGGGACCGAAACGCCUGGAUUCUUCAUCCAGUGAUUCGUGCGACGACGACACUGUCUUUGCGAAGACACCAGACUUGAACGAAUCUAUCCAAGAGAUAGUGCAAUAAAACAAUGACUCAUUGAUUUACAGCGCAAAUAUAUGGUAAGCGCUCUGCCAAGAGAUUUGAUUCAAAUGCGUAGGAGAUAAUGAAAUGUCGAAAAACAGCGAAGUUAUCAAAGAAGCUACAUCAAUUUCUUGGAACUGGAACAAUUAAGGAUAUAAACUGUAGAUUGUACAGCUUUGAAAGGAAACAAGCUGAAUUAUUAUUAUUAUUAUUAUUGCAUUGUUCUAAAUCAUUUUAACGUAAUCGUUCUAAAAUUGUUUUAGUUCCAAAAUGUUGAUGAAAAUAGCAAGACAUAACAAAUGUACCGGAUAAGAACAAAGAUAAUUGAGUGUACCGUAUAAAAGAGAAUCGUAAAAUAAAAUAUGUAUAAAAUUAAAAUUAAGAAAGAUAUAAUUCAAAAUAUGUGUUACUAGAAAAAAUGUAUUAUACACUGCAUAGUAUCACUUCAAUAUAUCAUCGUUUUACAAAACAA